AUGUCCAGUGAACUUCCCGAUAUCCUUCUCGCACGUUACACCACAACUGUUAUCACUUUACUUCAGAAUCAGGAGUUUAAACCAGAGGCCUUAGUAAGUUCAGGAGAUCUCAACGCCACAUUCUACGAUGAGGGACUACUUGCAGGCCCGUUUACCCUGCUCAUACCGACUCAGGCACGAAUACUUCAUCUCGAUCCCCGCUACUUCGACCACUUUGGUCAACUCUUCAAAAUGCGACUUUCUCUAAGUAUAUCAAUAUUCAAUAUAAUCCAGUCUUUACAAGUCUAUGCAUCUCUUGUCAAUGAUGUUAAUACGGAUACAACACGCGACCAACUAAUCGAUUCUUCCUCAACCUCCGCUCUUCGCAAACGGGCGAACCACAACAAUAGAAAGGGACACCAUAACUCUAACAAAACACCUUCUAACCCCGCUAAUACAUACUCAUACAAUGACUAUAAUGAUGGCAUCCACCUCGCAAUUGCUCCUUCUUGCGGGUUCAUCGCUGCCAAUGCCUGGGCAGGAGACAUAAAUGCCGGCAUUGACUGGAGGCGAAUUCAAACCGUAGUGUCACCAAGCUCUCCUCGCAAAUUGAUUUCCUAUGCCACCAGUGGAUCGACAACGGACAAGGAGAUCUGGCCAAGUAGAAAAUGGGCGCUCUCUCGCUUUUAUGCCAACAAUACAGAUCUACGACUGGACCCAACAACCACACUCUAUGCUGGUUACUUUGUGAUUUCUGGUCUAUGGGUACAGAUGGCGAUCACAUGCAGAGGGCAGGAGAGCGCGCUGUGCGCCUUCUUCAAGACUUACACGAGAAUGCAGGAGCCACUCGCCGAUCAAUACAAUCUGGCGGUCUGGAAAGGAUUAAGGGACAUGCAUCAAGCUUCUUCAAGCGGAAACACCGCGCUUGGUCAGGCUGACGCUGAAAGAAUCAACUUUGCUUUUGUUGACACUAGUAGAUUCUUCUCUGCCGUCGACGAGUCCUACGCAAAAUUUGGCUACGUCAGUAAUAGACACUGUCUUGAAGGAGUGAGGUCAAGCAUUGACGACGAGUGCGAGGAUCCCGAGAGGACUGUAUAUUAUAUGGGUGCUCACCCCAGCGUUCAAACUCAUCGGAUUUUGGCUGAAUAUGUUGCCAAUGUCCUUCGGAAAUGUCAAAUUGGGCAUAAGCAGGCCUACACAUCUUUGUACAACCACGGUAAUGGCUCAAUGGGCUCUAUUGGUGACUACAUACCAGGGUAUCUUAGUGGGGGGCAUUUGUUCAUCCUUGCCAGUGUUCUCGUAGCACUUUUGGCUUACAGGCCUUUCAUAAGGGCUUCUCGACGUGGUGGAUUAGGCAGAACCGUCGCCAAUCAGAAAGGCAUAAGUGCUAGUCAAAAGGCGGUUAUCCUUAUAGAGAGUCCAAUCUGCGUCAAGGAAUCAGCAAUAAGGCAGCCAAUCAACUCGCAAAUUGGUACCCCGUCCAUCACCCUGGAUUUGAAAGUCCUGCUUGAGGCCAAAUUUUCCUCAAUGGCAAUAAGUACAGGAAGAGACCCUCCAAAGACGAUGGAGAUGCAAUGUGCUGG